AAUGAUAAAUGUACAACAUACUUAUUUUUAUUUCAUUAAUGUUAAUAACAAAAUUGAUUUUCUUAUAGAAAAGGGAACAUUCGGAAUAUAAAUUAAUUUUAAUGAGGGAAUUUUACUGAAACUCAAGUUAUUUUUUCCCGAAAAUAUUACUACUUGCUUGCCAAAAAAUGUAUGAAACUAUUUCGAGCUUUCCAAAAUUUACUUAAAACUCUGUCCGCAUUUUUUGGUAUAAAGAUUAUAAGAAUUGUGCAUAAUAUCUUAUCACAAUAGAAACAACAAUGAUCUCUACUCUGCCACAAGAUUUGGUAGAAGAGAUACUGUCAAGGGCUCCGGUGAAAUCUCUGAGAAGACUACGAUCUACGUGCAAACGAUGGUACCAUCAAGCAUUAUUCAAAGAUCCAAGAUUCAUCAAGAAGCACUUUGAUAAAACAAGGCAAUAUCAUGCUCUCAUGCUGAAUCACAAGGCAUGCUCAUUGAGUUCUAUUCUUCAUGGAGCUAACUUUGACGCAGAGACAAUACUUGGUGUAGAUGGACUUAGCCUAGUUGAUCCCCAUGAUAAUGAACUAGUUGAUGUAACUAAAGCCUUUCACUGCCAUGGCAUGUUGCUAUGCACCCACCCCAAGUCAAACAGUCUUGUGGUUUGGAACCCGUUUUCAGGGAAAACCAGAUGGGUCCAACCGCAGAAGCAUUACAAUAGUGCCUAUGCUAUGGGAAACGACAAGAACGAACUGUGCCGUAACUACAAAAUCUUGAUGCUUCCGUGUUACUACGACCACGGGAAACUGGGAUCAUGGAAGAAACUUGAUGCAAAUCUCGAAGGCGACUUAAGAUUUGAAAUCUAUGAGUUUGGCUCUAACUCAUGGAGGAGUGUUGAUGUCAUCACAACACAAGCCUACUUACAACCUGGUGGUGUGUCUUUAAAGGGAGAUACUUAUUGGGUGUUGUCUAAUCAUAAAGGGUUUGACUACUCACUACUCAGUUUUGAUUUUUCAAAAGAAAGAUUGCAACGUCUUUGUGUUCCUACCUCUCAUGAUGAACCAUUUAAUUCUGAUACUAUGGCUCUCUCGGUUGUUAGAGACGAACAUCUUUUGUUGUUAUACCAGAGUAACGAGACAGUGAUGGUGAAUAUAUGGAUAACCGAGGAGAUUGGGCCCACGUUUGUGUCGUGGUGCAUGUUCUUAAAAGUGGAUUUAAAACCUCAUGUCCAUUUUAUUUGGAAUCCCACUAGUUUCUUUAUCAUUGACAUGGAGAAGAAAGUUGUUUUGUGUUGUCAUGGAUCCAGAGAUAUUAGUCAUCGCUCCUGCAUGUUACGGUUGGUUCCUAGUGGCGUAUCACGCUGGUAUUUGCUAACUCGCCCCUGGCAUGUUCCAACAUUGUUCGGUUAUGUUCCAGAAGAGUUAGCAUAGUAGCUUCCUUUGUCAUGUCUUUCAAUUGAUGGAUGAAAAUGUUGUCAUUUCUUUUAAUGUUUCCAUGAUAAUAAAGGUUUAUUGAUUAACAUGUUUUACGAAGAACACUUUUCACAUAAAUUAAAAAAAAAACAAUUGGAAGUUAUUUCUGUUCUUAUUAAUUACGCAUUUUAUUUUAACCAAUAGUAUAAAUAUUUUUUUUACAAGAUCAAUGCAAUUUUUAAUUAAUAUUAAGUUUAAAAUAAAUAUAAGUUGCAUUGAAUUCUAGAAUGACUAUUUUUAUAUAACAAAAAGUGUCAAAACACUCUUUGUGAAACAUGAGUAUAUAAGUAAUUAACAAAUAUAUAAUUCGAUAACAAAGGUCGUCUCUAUGCAAGUUUUAACAGAACAAUUCAAUUGCAAACAAAAGAAGGUCAAAGAAAUGCAAACACAUGUUCAAAAUAAAUAGGAUCCAGAGUGGUUUUACAACAUAACUUUCUUUCAAACCUUGAAACCAAAAGUCAAUAGCCUAUUGAGGUGAAGAUGGACCUGUGAAACAAAGACUGCUCAGUGUUUGGUGACUCUUUUUGGCU